AUGUGGGUCUGGUCACCGGUCAAUCUCCCCGAGUUCAGGAUUAAAGAUUGGGUGGACCAGAUGCAGAAGGAGCUCAUCUCAUUGGCAGACAGGGCCACGGCUGGGAGGAGCCUCACUCAGAUCUUCUUGAGAAACCAGCACUUGUACACGAUAGAACAGAACGACGCGGACAAGCUGGUGGACCGCGCAGCCCGGAACAUCGAGCAGCUCCUGAGGAAGAGGUCGGCUGCUUUGGAGAAACUGGCCACAGCCGCCGAGACGUUCCAGAUGGAGCACCAUUGGAAAGACGAGUUUGAGGACGAGGACAUCUCCUAUUAUAAUGCAAAAGACAAUCUGGACCCCAACAAGACGGAGGGUAGGAUCCGGCCUGAUUUCAAGCACGACGCCUCCUUUAAGCGACUGACGGACUCCAACUACACGGCUGUGCACAUCCCCACGGACAUCUACAAUGGCUCCACCAUUGUGUUGAACGAGCUGAAAUGGACUGAACGUUUGGAGGAUGUGUUCAGGAUAAACCGAGAGGACGACCCGACAGUGCUCUGGCAGGUGUUUGGAAGUGCUACUGGGCUGGCACGAUACUACCCAGCCUCUCCUUGGAUGGAUGUCCGUAAGACGCCCAGUAAGAUCGAUCUCUACGAUGUCCGCAGAAGACCCUGGUACAUCCAGGGAGCAGCGUCGCCCAAAGACAUGCUAAUCCUGGUGGACGCGAGCGGCAGUGUCUCGGGUCUGACGCUCAAACUCAUCCGGACGUCGGUCAGCGAAAUGCUCGAGACGCUUUCGGAUGAUGAUUACGUCAAUGUGGUUUAUUUCAACACACGCGUGAACAAGACGGCGUGCUUCGAUCAUCUGGUGCAGGCCAACGUGAGGAACAAAAAGCUUCUGAAGGACGCGGUGCAGAACAUCUCAGCCAAGGGCAUCACCAACUACACCAAGGGCUUUGAGUUCGCCUUCCAACAGCUCUCCACGACCAAUGUGAGUCGAGCCAACUGUAACAAGAUCAUCAUGCUGUUCACUGACGGAGGAGAGGAGAGAGCCCAGGCCAUUCUGGAGAAGUACAACGCCGACAAGAAGGUGAGGAUAUUCACGUUCUCAGUGGGACAACACAACUAUGACAAGAGACCCAUUCAGUGGAUGGCCUGCUCUAACAAAGGUUACUUUUAUGAGAUCCCAUCCAUCGGAGCCAUCAGGAUAAAUACACAGGAGUACCUGGACGUCCUGGGCAGGCCCAUGGUGCUGGCAGAUAAACAGGCCAAACAAGUGCAGUGGACCAACGUCUAUCUGGAUGCUUUGGAGCUGGGUCUGGUUAUCACUGGAACGCUUCCUGUUUUCAACAAAACAAAGACCAAAGACGACAGGAACGGAGAGCAUCAGAACCAACUGAUCCUUGGUGUGAUGGGUAUCGACGUGUCUCUGAACGACAUCAAGAAGCUCACCCCACGCUUCACUAUUGGUCCAAACGGAUACUACUUUGCCAUUGAUCCAAAUGGCUAUGUCCUGCUGCAUCCUAAUCUCCAGCCAAAGAAGAGGAUCCGAAACAGGAAGCUCAGAGUCCGUAAUAAGUUUGCAGUGACGUUCCAUGAGGAGCCCGUCACGUUGGACUUUCUGGAUGCUGAGCUGGAGAAUGACAUCAAGGUGGAGAUCAGGAGGACCAUGAUCGACGGAGAGACCGGGGAGCGCACCAUCAACACACUGGUCAAGAGUCAGGACGAGAGAUACAUAGACCGGGGAGUCCGGACUUACACAUGGGCACCUGUCAAUGGCACAGACUACAGCUUGGCCCUGGUUCUUCCCAAAUACAGUGAACACUUCAUUCAGGCCAGAAUCGGGAAUGACAUUCAACAGGCUAUGGCAUCAACCUGGGCCAUGGAGACUAUUCAGCUGGAGCGCUUUGACCAGUUCGGGUACACCUACAUCGCCCCGAGGGAGUACUGCAAAGAGCUGAAGAUGUCCCACAACAACAGCCAGUUCCUCCUGGACUUCAACCUUUUCAUCGACAGGAACACCCCAGACGCUUGUAAUGUGUCCCUGGUGAGCCGUCUGAUCCUGGACGCUGGGCUGACCGCAGAGCUGGUCAAAGUCUGGACUGAGCAGAGCGUAGACGGAGUCGUGGCCCGGUUCGUAGCUACAGAUGGAGGGAUCACAAGAGUCUUUCCAAAAAGCGCUGGGGCAGACUGGACUGAGAAUCCUGAACCGUAUGAAUGCAGCUCCUACAAGAGAGCCCUGGACAAUGAAAUCUACAUUUUCACUGCUCCCAUUUAUAAUGCGGAGUUCCGGGAGCAGGUGACGGACACUGGGAUCCUGGUGAGCAAAGCCGUGGCCCUGAGCGUGGACGAGGUGACCCUGAAGCCUGCAGUGGUGGGAGUCAAACUCAAUGUCACAUACUGGAUGAAUUCUUUCAUUAACGCUACUAUCAAAGUGAAUUGCAAAGACGAAAUCUGUGGAUGUCUACGGAAUGACAAGCAUAUCGACUGUGUGAUCCUGGACGAUGGUGGAUUUCUGCUCAUGUCCAACCAGGAUGAGUACAUUUCACUGAUCGGGCAGUUCUUUGGCGAAGUGGACCCAGUGCUGAUGAUAAACCUGGUCAACCAGUCUCUGUACUCCUUCAACAAGACCUAUGACUACCAGUCUGUGUGCGACCCCGAAGAGGAAAGCAAAGCUGCGGCUGGACUGCGCUCUGUCCAUGUGCCGACUAUAGCGGACCUGCUCAGUAUCGGCUGGUGGGCCUCAACAGCUGCCUGGUCGAUACUGCAGCAGAUCAUCUUUGGGCUCAUAUUUCCCAAUCUGUUCAGAGGAGUGCAGUCUGCAGAGGAGGACAUUUCCGAGAACAUGUUCAAAGAGAGUUGUAUCACGGAGCAGACCCAGUACUUCUUUGACAAUGAGGGGAGUUCGUACUCAGGAGUGCUGGACUGUGGCAACUGCUCCAGAAUGUACCGAGCGGAGAAGCUGCCCAACACAAACCUGGUGUUCCUAAUCACAGACGCCAAAGCUACGUGUCUGUCAUGUGACCCCCGACCUCUGCGCCAGGCCGAGCAGCCCUCUGAAGGUCCAAACCAGUGUGAGCUCGCCCAGAAUCCUCGGUACCGCAAGGGGCCCGACGUCUGCUUCGACAACAAUGAGAAUGACGAGCCCCUGUGCCCAACCAGCAGGGGAGCUACAUUACACUGCAUGCCCUUCUUCUUCUUCUUUCUAACAUUGGGUAUACGGACAGGCAAUGCGAAAGCUCAGAACCUCCAGAAUUCCCUCACUGAGCUUCAGAGGCUGCACUAG